UCGAGUUUAAACAACUCUCUCUUUCGGUGUGUCCGAAACCUAUCUUCUCUUGGUGUGUCCGAGAGUUACCCCUUGGUUUGUCCGAGGUACCCUUGGUAUGUCCGAGGUUUCUAUCCAUCUACUUAUCCAUUUUGUUCCAUACUUCGUCGGACUUGAGUUCGAGAGCCUCGCUAGAGUGCUGGUGAUUGAGUUCCGACCCCAUUUCCCCUUCGCUUCCAUUUUCUGUCGUGGCUGGACUUGAGUGCCCCUUUGGGAUCUGCGAGUUAGCCCUGACUCCACCUUCACUUCCAUUUGUCGUCCCAAGCUGAGUUCGAGUGCUCCUUGAAGCGGGUGAUUGGCUUGCGACUCCAUCCCUGAUCCGAGACAAACACUUCCGAGGCCGAGGCGUGUAUCAUUUUGGUAUCAGAGCGUGUAUCAUUUUGGUAUCAGAGCCAACCCUCCAACGGACGUCGUAAUCCCGGUGAUAUCUAUCAUUUAUCUUAUCUUUGUUAUUGUUCUUCAUUUCGUUUUCGAAAGAGAAACCUAAAAAAAAUCAGAUUUUGAAUCAGAUACAAGUUUUGUUUUGAUUCGAAAAUUCAUACUUUUUGUAGUCAUUAUCUUGUUGAAACGCUUUAAUUGAUAACAUGUCGAGUGUGGCAGCCAACAAAGGAUCAAGCAAGAGUGCUAUGUUGAAAAUUCUUCAAGAUAUUGAAGGACGACUCGCUCGUCUUGAAAAUGUACCAAAACAACGUCAAGCGGCUCAAAUCUACCAAGGUAAUGUUAAUAGUCGUCCACAACCGAGCCAAGAGCAACGAAUGGUACAUGAUCGUGGACACUUUGAAGAAGAAGGUAUGAAAGAAAAGAUCAUCCGUGGACAGCCAUAUGUUCAACAUACCCGAGGUAACAAAUUCGAUCCGUGAUCUCUUUUAUUUUCGGGAACAACUAAUCCGGAAGCUUAUCUCAAAUGGGAGAAGCGAAUGGAAGAAAUUUUUGAAGAUUAUAAAGGGACGGAGCUUAGAAAGGUGCAAUAUGCCGAAAGCCAACUCAUAGGAGAUGCUUUCACUUGGUGGAAAAGAGAAGAGAUCGAUCGACGACGUGCGCGUUAUGAUCCGGUCACAACUUGGAAGAAGAUGAAAAUCUUGAUGCGUAGAAGGUAUGUUCCUCAACAUUUCCUACGUGAAUUGCGAUAUAAGUUUCGUAACAUAGUGCAGGGAAAGAAGACGGUUGAGGGCUACUUCAGAGAAUUUGAACAGCUUCUCAAUUACUUGGAAAUCGAUGGCAACGAAGAAGCAAUCAUGACACACUUUCUAGAUGGCUUGCAAGACCGAAUCGUUAGAAAGGUAGAACAAAAGGUAUAUAAUGAUUUGCAUGAUCUUGUGGAUGCGGCGAUUCACAUAGAGCAACAAAUGGACAAAAGCCCGACAAAGAAUGGACACACACAAGCACAAAAGCCUAUAAGCAAUAGCUUUGUCAAAAUUGAAGACAAAGACAAGGCGAAGAAUCAUGAUGCUCGAUACAAGGAGGAAUCAACCAUAUCUUCAAAGUUUAGGGACCAAGAUCAUUUGGCACGUGAAUGUCCCAACCAACGAAAAAUCAUCAUCGAGGAUGGCGGGACAUCUAACACCAUAGUUAAGGCUGUGGUAAAUCUUGAAGAGAAGUAUGAGGUUAUGUCCAAAAAGGUAACCGAGUACGUGAAUGAAGAGAAACCGGUCGAAGAUCUCGACCUCUGAUUCAAAAAGUACCCACAAGUGUUGUGGACGCGAAUGAAGAAAUGCAUGACAUCAAGAAAAAUACAUUCGAAGUCAAGGACAUCAUUGAGGAUUCCAACAACAAGAAAGUGAUGGAAAGCAAUGAAGAGGCCAACAAAUCGGAGAAUAUGAUAGUAGGCGAGAACUUGAAUGAAGUCAAACGGGACAUAGGAAUGAUACGAUUGGAUUGGUUUGAGCAAAUAAAAAUCAUGUCCAAGAAGGAAGAUGAUGACUUCAAGGUGGUAAGCAAAUCGACGAUGACAAAUGACAUCACCAACAACCGCACUUGCAUCAUAAGUCAAAAACUUGAAGCAACCGGUAAUUUCGUUCCUACUUUUAUUCUUGUGUAUGAUUCAUGUUUUGAUGAGUAUGUUAUGAAUCUUGAGCAACAAAUGCAAACUUUCCAAACGGAUUACCUCUAUAAAGUUCUCAAGGGAUGCACAUACUACACUAACGAGAUUGUUGUUCUAGAUCUUGUUAAUUGCUCGCAAGUACUACAUUUUGAUGAAAGGGUAAAAGAAGUGCAAAAAGAGACAGCUACGUGCAUUUUCCAAGCUCAAAUUCUGCAUGUCGUGAGUAUCCCUUGCCAAUAACUCAAUGGGCACCCAAGCAGCAUGUUCACUUUAAUGCCCAUGGCACCAAAGAAGGACGCACCAUUCGAACGGGGAAAGUGUACAGAUGUGGAGAACUUGAUCCGCCAUUACAACGCCACCAAGACUCAAACACAUAUAUGGGUUGUGUUCCUUACUUCAAGAGUUUUACGCGGUAAACUCGUUUUAAUCUUCAUUCUUGUUUAUGAUCAAAAGAAGCAACUCGAUGAGAACACAAGCUGCACUAACAUGUUUAUUGUCCUAGACUUUACUAUUAGCUUGCAGGUUUUGUAUAUUAGCAAAAAGAAGAUUGAGGCAAAGCAAACAUGUACAACAAGUCUCAUCCGAACUCAUGGAACCAAACUCCCUUAUCAACGAAUCAUGAAUAAUUCAAGGAGCACAAUUGUCUUUCUUCUCCAGACAAGCAAGAAGGAUGAGUCAUUCGAAAGAGGAGAAAUACAAGAAGAACAAUUCAACCGACUUAAGGAGCGUCAAUACGAUACCAAACACAUCCUUCAAGACCAAGGUAUGUAUAAUGUCUCUUUUGUGUUUAAUGAUGCUGACUUGGAUUCGUUUGAUGUAGGUAAGCAAGUUUUGAGGGCAAAACCUUCAGAAGAGGGAGGGAAUGAUGCAUUCCUAGGAUCCAUUGGUAUGGUUAUGGACAAGGAACGUAACGAGAGCAUAUGUGAAGCACAACUAGAUGGAGAACAAUCGGACAAAGAGUCGAACAAUGGAGCUCAAAUGGAUGGAGCACAAUUGGAAGGAGCACAACUAGGCAAGGACACACAGCCAAACCAAAAGAUGGACAACAUGCUCGACGAACCAAAGAUUGGAGCAAACCGAGUGCCACUUCACACAAUUCGAGUGCCACUUCACUCCCAGCGAACACUCAUUCCUGCUCAGCUCAAGUGCCUUCACAUGUUGGAUCAAAAGUCUAAGGAAAGUCGAGUGUCCCUUUGGUCUAAGGCAACGCACACUCAUGCCCAGUCCGAGAGCCAUCACGUGAUGCAUGAGCUACGUUACGAAAUCACGAGCUUAAUAUGUCUUGGAUUGAUCAAAGGCAUUCAACAUCUCUACUUUGAUAACCUAGCUUACUUCCUUCUCAAGAUAACUAUCCAAGGGAAGUUCCUUCAUCAACAAGGAAAUUUCAACAGCUAGUUUCUUCCCAACUACCUCAUUAAGAGCAACUCCAACAGCUAGUUUUUUCCCAACUACCCCAUUAAAUGCAUAGGCUCCCACCCCCUUUGCAUGUGUUUUCUUAUUUAAUUUAUGGUUGAAUCUCUAGCCUAUAUAAAGGCCUUUGUAUUGUCAUGUAAGGGAGAGUAUUGCUGAAUCUAUCAA